AUGAUGAUUUCUUUAUUGAUUCUUGGAUUAGCCUUAUUUCAGACGAUCAACGCGGCUGGCUUAUUGGAUAUCCGUCUGAAAAGUGCUUACGAUCAAAAAGCUACCGUAAUCCUAUCCGAUGAUGUCGACCCAAUGUACCUUGUUCUUCCAAUGGUGUUGGUUAAAAAUCAAGAAGUGAAGUUUGAGGAUCUUUUCAUCGAUUUUAACAAGACAUACAAAGUUACUAUCAAGUUGGAUGAAACCGAAUCACUGGGACUUAAGAAUAGUGUGUACAGAGGAACGAUUACACCAGCUCACGGAACAUCGUCUCCGAAAAAGACGAAUCUUCCAUUGACAGGAAUCCUGUUCACUUUCAAAUGUGAAGAAAAUUGGUCAGGCGAGAACUGUGAUUGUAACCAGGGAGAUUGCUCCAAAACCGAGGCAGAUACCAAUAAAGAAGUAGAUUUCGAUGUGGAUUACACUGUAGACACUCAAAGACUUCAAACAAUCAUUGCCAUGAUGAAGAAGGAGAAUGAAGUCAGCAACUCGCUUGAGAAGGAGGACAGAUUGUUGGAAAUGGUUAUGGAGGCGUCUGGAGAGCAACUCAAUUAA